AUGGGAGACCUUGAGAAAUGGUGGUUUUUGCCACUUUCGCGCUCUUCAAGGUGGAUCUUCGGAAUCAGCGCUCGAAUUACCCCAGAAAGUCUACAGGUCUACUUACACAUGUCUCGACGAGGUGACUACGAGGCCAAAGUUUACAUCGGUGGGCUUCCACAUGAUGCCACGUCACAGGAAGUCGAAGAUGCCUUCCAUAGCUUCGGACGAAUUCGUAAAGUGUGGGUUGCUCGUCGUCCUCCAGGCUUCGCAUUUGUGGAGUUCGAAGACACUAGAGACGCAGAGGAUGCUGUGAAGGCACUUGAUGGAGCGCGCAUCUGUGGUGUGCGCGCUCGAGUCGAACUAUCGCAUGGUAAACGCCGUAAUGGCAGCGGUGGUGACAGAGGAGGCGGUGGUGGUGGACGUGGUUAUGGAGGCGGGUACGGCGGAGGUGGCGGUGGUAGAGGCGGUUAUGGCGGAGGAGGCUAUGGUGGACGCAGAUCCAGGUCACGUUCGCGCAGCCGUUCUCCACCACGACGCAGUACACGAUCUCGUUCUCCAGAUGAUAGAAGGACUCCUAGCAGAAGCCGCAGUCGCUCUCCCUAAUCUUAGAAAGAUCUACGCCGAAUGGAGUGAUCUCCUUGUGUUUUCUUCAUCCUCAUCUGUAUGGAAAUCAUUUCUUAUUCGUUGCCGCCGGGAAGACAUCCAUCGUCAUUGUGCUGAUUGUGUUCGUGUAAAGUUAACCAUUGAACAAAAUGAAUUAUUAACUUAAGUGUG